AUGCCUCAGAACGAAAGCUUUUUGGCAGUACAGUCCUCGACCAAGCAGACCGUCCACUUCACGUUAGCAGAGUUACAGUCGGAAGUUGAAGCUGUCCGGGCUCUUCUUUAUAGAGCAGUUUUGUCACGACUCCAUGGAGAUGAUGUCACUCUACUGGCGUCAAUGACGAAAUUAAAAGCUGGAAGAUUGGCUCGAGUCGUCACUGAUAGCUGUCUUCAGUUUUGGGGCGGUAAUGGCUUCACAUGGGAUAAUCCAGUAUGUCGAAUGCACCGCGAUCUCCGCCUACAUUCCGUCGGAGCUGGAGCUGAUGAAGUAAUGCUGUCGAUCAUUUGUAAACACAUGGGAAUCGCCCCACACAAACACCGAUUAUAG